AUGAAGGAUAAAGAGACCUUACUGGAAGAGGUGAACCAAGCUGUUGAUGGCAUGUCAGAGGAAAGAACUAAAUUAGAAGAAGAUCUAGCACAGGCUAAGCUGGAUGUCACCAGUCUUACCCAGGACAAAGCUCAACUUGAACAAGAAAAUGAAAGGUUGAUGGAGCGGAUAGGGGCUGUUGAACAUCACCAGCAAGCCCAGAAACAGCUUGACAGUGCUAUGCAUGAGAUGUUAGAGAGUAAAAACAGAUUAGCAUAUGACAAGGGAAGACUACAAACAAGGACUAAUGGUGACCUUGCUGCAGCAAAGAUUCAGAUUCAACGACUAGAAAGUCAACUCAAACAGAUUAAUUCACAGGCUGAGCGGAAAGAAAAAGACUUCAGCAUGGCUAUUGAUGCAAGGGAUGAAGCCGUGAAAGAAGGACAGCGUUUAUUGGGACACAUCGAGGCUGUUGAAGAAAGAGAAAGACAAAAAAUUAGUAAUCUACAGCGAAGUCUGUCAGAUGCUAAAGAGGACAAUAAUAAAAUAGCUCGUACACUGGAAAGUAUUAUGUCAUCGCAUGCACAGCUACAAACAACGGUCGAAAACUUACAAACAGAGCUUGGCAGAAAAGACAGUGAAAUUGUGGCUCUUAAGUCAGACAGGCGUAGUGGUCAACAUUCCGUACAGGAUCUACAGAAGGAGGUGGAGACCCUACAAAGUAAAUUACUAAAUAUGGAAUCUAUGGAAAACAGUGAGGUUGAACCGCUGAGACGGGCUGUAAACGCCGCAAAGAAGGACAAUUUAAAGAUGGCGUCCUCGUUAGAAGAACUUCUACAGUCAAAUAGCAGACUGCAAUUGAGCGUGGAAAAACUACAAAAUGAACUUCAGCAAAAAGAUUACCAUCUGAGAAUGCUAAAAGAUCAACGGGAGCAGGACCGAGCGCAGGUAGAACAGCAGAUAAACAGUUAUGAAGAGAGGCUGUCCAACAUAAAGGAACAAACCAAGACACAGAGGGAGUCGUCAAUGAAGAGAGUGCAGAGGGAGUUGAACGAGUUAAAGAAGACGUAUGAUGAGACAGUGAGUAAAGUAUCUGACCUGAGCCGAACUAAUACCGAACUGAGGCAUCGCGUUACCGAACUGGAACAUCAAAAUAAUCGACAGAAAGAAAGGAUACGCAGUCUGAAAGCACAGUUGGAACAUUACCAAAAGAAUAAGAAAAAUAACGACGAAAUGAGCGACAAAUUGAAGUCUAUUAGCAGUGAACUUGCAGGGCUAGAGAAGGUGAAGAAUGAGUAUAUGUUGAAAAAUACACAACAAUCCAAGACUAUCAGUACAUUUGUAUCCCAGAUAUCAAGUCUACAAGGCGAACUGAAAACGUUAUCCCAGUCACAAUUUGAUUUAUCAGAGAGAUGCAGAAAACAAGAAAAAAUCACGGAGAAGGAAAGGGCAAAGAAAGAAGAAAUUUAUAAAAAAUAUACAGCUCUUAAAAAAAAGGCGGAGGCUUUAGAAGAAGUUAAAACUCAGACGCAAGAUAAAUUGUUGGAAGCAAACAAUGAAUCAAUUCAGAUUUCUCAAAAUCUAGAAGAUGCGCAUGAAUGGUUUAAAAACAAAUUUGAAAACCUGCAAACUGAGUUGAAAAGAUCCAAAAAGAGCCAAGCAGCUUUGGAGAGGGCUACCAUGGAAACACAGGAACAGCUAAUGCAGGAAAAGCUGAGAGUGCAAGACACUGCGCAGAAAGCAAGAGAGUUGUUAAGAAAUUCCAGUGGGCAAUAUAUUGAAGAUUUAUCAACUGAGCUUGGUUAUUAUCGAAGUCUGUCACCGCUGUAACAAUUAUCUCCACUAGAUUGGUCUUCAUCACUAUUCACUUAUCCCGAAACUUACAAUUGUCAAACAGAUGCCGAAGAUAUGUGAAAAUGCUCAUCGAUAAUUGGAUUUAAUUGACCAGUCCUCAGGCCAUGUUUUGUUUGUUAUGUGGGUCCCAUGCCACACAUGUAUAAUACAUUAUUUGUUUACGUGUGAUUCAAGCACAUAUACUGCAUGAUGAUGGUGACUGUUGAUUUAACAUGUGACAUUUGCUUUUAGAAAAAUAUUUAUGUGCAACACACAUGGGAAAUUAUGAAAUUGCAUAGCAGUGAACAAAUUGGGGGUUCUAAUUUAGCAAAUGUGGCAAACUACAGAACAUACAACA